GGAUUCAAACGUUUGGCUCCGCCCCGCGUCUGCUGCUUGUCAUCGCGGAAACAGAUUACAAACGUCGGCCAGAACAAGAUGGGGCAAUCGUUGGACACCCCGGCCAACUGCCCCCUGUGCCAAGAGCUGACCCGGGACCCUGUCACUCUCCAGUGUAAACACCGGUUCUGCCAACGGUGCAUUGGAGACCUGUGGAGCGUUACUCCAAACGGGCCGUACCACUGUCCGGAGUGGAGGUGCAAAACAGUGUACCAGACUCUGCCGUUUGAUAGCAGUUUGAUACGGCCGUCAACCCCGAGUCGACGGGCUCAGCCUCGCAGCACUGCAGGCACAUCCAGUAACGAUGAACAAAACAGAUGCGACUCAACACUGAGGAGGCCCUCACUCACCAGCCGACUCCUCGGGAAGAGGAAGGCCAGCACACCUGUGUCAGAGCAACCUGACAGAAAACGAUCAAGUAAGGAAUCUGCUUCUGAGAGGUCCAGUGACACUGAGACUCCCACCAUUCUCUUGUCACAUGAACCUGGGCAGUCGAGCGGUGUGGAAACAGCUAAGAAAGGAGUGACCCAAAAGUCUACACAGUCUGAGUGUGGUGAUGGUCCAUCCUCCAGUGACAGCAAUGCAGUACCUGCAAGUGAUGUGCCACAAGAAAUCUUAACCCAGCAGAACCAGCAUAAAUCAGACGUUGUCACACUGAAUGACUCUGACAGCUCUGAUGAAGUAGAUAUAUGUGAUUCACCUCCUCUUGCAACACCCAAGAAAGACACACAAGUGACAGGAAUUCAUGCAUCGCCAAAUAAACCUGCCUCACCUGCCAACUCUGAUUCAUUUCCUGGAGUCUCAACGCCAGGAAAAGAUAAGUCUCCUGUACACCAUGUCAUCAAGCCACGUGUAGCUGCUUCAGGAUCCCCAAGUCGUGUUGGCAUCUUUGCAAGGCCGGAAAGCAAAAAUACCAGGCCUCUGCCCUGCCAUUAUUGCCCUAAAACAGUAUAUCAGCCUGCUGUGAAGACCUGUCUGGUAUGCGGGGCCUCCAUGUGUGCAGAGCACCUGCGUCCCCACCUGGACUCCCCUGUGUUCCAGAAUCACACCCUGGUUCCUCCCAUGGAGGAUAUUUCUCUGUGGAAGUGCCAGGAGCAUCAAGAGAUGAACCGCAUCUACUGCAGGCAGUGUGCAGUGUGUGUGUGCACUGUGUGUACAGUCAUAGGUUCCCAUCGUGACCACGUCUGUGUCAGCAUCAGAGAGGCAGAGAGAGAGCUCAGGGGUAAUCUAAAAGACGAGAUCAGACAACUGCAGGUGACUGAGCAGCAAGUGAAGAUCAGGGUGACUGAGCUCACUCAACAAAAAGAAGCCUCCAGAGUGGCUUUAAGUGAGGCUCGAGCAGGGGUGCAGCAGCAGUACGGAGCCAUCAGGGAGGCCCUGGAGCAGGAGGAGCAAUCGACUCUUCAGUGUGUGACAAAGGAGGAGAGCAGGGUUCUGGGGGGGCUGGAGGAGAAACUCGGACACCUCCAGAGCUCCCUGCAAUCCAUCCAACAAGGCCUGCACACCCUGGAGGCGUUGGCUGAUGCCAAGGGUGAAAAACACAUCCGAGACCAGGCCUUCAUUAUGGAAUACAGCAAGGUGGCACAACUGGCUAGUGACACGGGAAGUUGUUUGGAUCAGUUCGAAGCUCCAGAGGAAGUGGAUCAAGCCCGGCUGAAAUUUCUGCAGAAGUGGACUGAGAAACGGCUGGACACAGUCGUCAUCACUGUGCCGAGCAAAGACAGAGACCUCUACAGACUGCUCUAUGGUACCAUCCCCGUCUUGGAUGCAGAUACAGCCCAUCCCAAGCUGCAGCUGUCUGACAACAACAGGAGGGUGACCUAUAACGAGGUCCAGCAGGUCUACACAGAGCACGAGGCACGAUUCAGCUCCUUUCCACAGGUCCUGGCCUCCCAUGCCCUGGAGGGGGAUCGCUGGUAUUGGGAGGUGAAUGUGUCUGUGGAUGACGGCCGCUGGAAAGUGGGGCUGUGUGAGGGUCAGAUAGAGAGGAAGGGCCAAAAGGACAACUCUCGUCUGGGCUUCAACCUGUACUCCUGGUGCCUGGCCUGUGACAGACGGAAGGUGGAAGCUCUGCAUAACAAGGUGACGGUGCCAGUGGAUGCAGACGGGCUGCAGAGAGUUGGAGUGUUCCUCGACUUUGAGGAGGGUAUUUUAUCAUUCUUUAAUGUGACACCAGGGGGCAGUCUAGCUUUAAUGCAUUCCUACAAGCACAGGUUUACUGACCCGCUUUACCCAGCCUUGUCAGUGUCUAAAACACAGCUGGCCAUCUGCGAUCUCUUCCAGUUAUAAUACACAGCAUAGUGGCCCAUCAGUUUUGCUGCAAAUAUACAGAAUAAAUCAAAGCGCUGUGCCUUUUUUAUAUGUGAAAAUCAUUGCUUCAUUAAAAACAUGUCAAUUUUGUAAAAUUCUCGGGGAUGAUAGUUUUGUCAUGUACUAUAUACAGUUUAAUAUUUCAAAAAUCCUUAAAUGUGAUUUUAUAUCAUUUGAUAGCACUGGAAUUGUACCAUGCCUAACUGCUGAUCACAACACAUGUAACAUUCCACAUUUGUUUCACCUUUUUGAUAUCAGAAUUUUAACUUGUACAUGUUUUUAAUUUUAAAUUCAGUCAAUGAACAAAUGAGCAGGUUUUUACGUAGGAGAUAAGUUAGCACUGUUGAUCAAUAAAACAUUGGUUUAGGAAAUACUGUAUUUUUUUAUAUUUUAAAAAUCUUUCAGGUAUUCUUUAUAUCUCUGCGACAUCUCGUUUAUCCUGUGAUGAGCCAUUGUCUUUCUACUGAAAUAAAAUGUCAAAGUUUUGAAAGAAA